CGAGGUUGGGGCUGGCAGAGUCGGCGGCUCCUUCUUCCUGCUGGCUGCUGCGGAAGCCGCCUUCGGACAUGGUCGCUCUUGUCCCGCUUCUCUUCCUGCAGGCAGCCUUCGGAGCCUCCGUUGCUUCCCAGAGGAGCUUUCGGAUUGAUUAUGCCCAUGACGGCUUCCUCAAGGAUGGGAAGCCGUUCCGCUACAUCUCGGGCAGCAUCCAUUAUUCCCGUGUGCCCCAGUACUACUGGAAGGAUCGCCUUUUGAAGAUGAAAAUGGCUGGGCUCGAUGCUAUUCAAACGUACGUGCCAUGGAACUUCCAUGAACCCAAACCAGGAGCUUACAGCUUCUCUGGUGAUCGAGAUCUCGAACAUUUCUUGCAACUUGCGGAGGAGAUUGGCUUGUUGGUCAUACUAAGAGCAGGGCCUUAUAUCUGUGGAGAGUGGGACAUGGGAGGUCUGCCUGCCUGGUUAUUAGAGAAAGAAUCUAUAGUCCUAAGAUCAUCUGAUCCAGAUUACUUGGCAGCUGUAGAGAGAUGGAUGGGUAUCUUGCUGCCGAAGAUGAAGCCUCACCUUUAUCACAAUGGAGGUCCAAUUAUUAUGGUGCAGGUUGAAAAUGAAUACGGAAGUUACUUCGCUUGCGAUUUUGAUUACCUCCGUUACCUGCAGAGUCUUUUCCGACGCCAUCUGGGGAGUGAAGUGGUGCUGUUCACAACUGAUGGAGCAAGCAAGACCUUCUUGCGUUGUGGAGCUCUUCAGGGCCUUUAUGCAACUGUGGAUUUUGGACCUGGUGGUAACGUCACAGCAGCAUUUUUACAUCAAAGACGCAGUGAGCCGAAAGGCCCCUUGGUCAAUUCUGAGUUCUAUACUGGCUGGUUGGACCACUGGGGUCAUCAGCAUAUUACCAUAUCAGCAUCAAUUGUUGCUAAAAGCCUUAGUGACAUUUUGGCACAUGGAGCGAAUGUUAACAUGUAUAUGUUCAUAGGAGGGACCAAUUUUGGCUAUUGGAAUGGAGCCAAUAUGCCUUAUUCAGCACAGCCUACUAGUUAUGAUUAUGACGCUCCACUGAGUGAAGCCGGAGAUCUCACAGAGAAAUACUUUGCUAUCAGGGAAGUCAUCGGCAUGUACAAGGAACUUCCAGAGGGUCCAAUUCCUCCAACAACACCCAAGUUUUCCUAUGGAAAAGUUGCACUACAGAAGGUAGGCACCGUGAGGAGCCUUCUAAAUGACCUGUCACCAUCUGGACCAGUUAAAAGUAUCUACCCUUUAACAUUUGUUCAACUGAAGCAGUAUUUUGGUUUUAUACUGUACAGAACUAAGCUACCAAGAAACUGUAGUGAGAACACCACACUCCUUACACUGUUUGAUGGAAUUCACGAUCGUGCUUACGUCUCUGUAAAUGGGGUUUCUCAGGGAGUCCUUUCAAGGAGGGAUGUGUUAAAGCUCAAUAUAACGGGGAACGCUGGAGCGUAUUUGGAUUUGCUGGUAGAAAAUACAGGCGGAGUAAAUUUUGGAAGAUACAACAACGACUUCAAGGGCCUGGUUUCAAAUAUAACUCUUGGUGGGGAGAUACUCACUGACUGGGAGAUGUAUCCAUUGGAUAUUGACAACGUAGUCAGCCAGGGCCUUCGUAAUGAAACUGGGAAUACAUCAAGCAAUGAGGGACCUACUUUUUAUACUGGCAGUUUUUCCAUUCCUAGCGGAAUACCAGAUUUACCUCAAGACACCUACGUCCAGUUUCCUGGGUGGACAAAGGGACAAAUUUGGAUCAACAGCUUUAAUUUAGGACGCUACUGGCCAGCACGUGGACCUCAAGUGACACUAUUUGUACCAAGCAACAUUCUUGUUUCAUCCUUUCCAAACAACGUUACUGUUCUGGAGUUGGAGAGUUCUCCUUGUGGCACCCAGAAAUGUUUAAUAGAGUUUGUUGAUCGACCCAAUAUCAAUGCAAGCUUUCACUAUGAAAGUGAUUCUCAGAAGCUGUUUAGUAGAGAUUUAGGGCUGGACCUGGACUAUGUAUGAUGCUUCUUGAAUGCUGCUUCUAACUUCCCCUCAUAUGUUACAGAACUCCUUAUUUCCUUCCUUCUCAAGUGUGGGAGGACAAAUCAGUGUUUUUUUCUUUUUAAAAAAAUAGGAAUAAUUUAACUGUGGAAACUUUCUCAAACCAGAGAAUAGUAUCAGAGGCAGUACAAGCAGUACAGUCCUUUCUGUAUGUGUGUGUGUGUGUGAGGUUGACUUGUGCCUUUUAUAGUCAGCAACAAAUUCUUGGUUUGCAAUAACUUUGAAUUGAUGCCCUCUUACUCCUGCCCCUAUAGCUUUUGCCUAGAAUGUCCAGAACAAUGAGAGUACAAGAUACCGAUAUAGGAAAUAAAUUAAUAACAGUAGUUUAGUGGAAGAGGCUAAUGGCUAGAUAAUUUUUUGCUUGAGAAAAUGAAACAAGUUACGAUUUUAACUAGUGUGAAAAUGGCCAUGUUGUCUGCUUUUGGAAAGAACAGAGUAUUUUUUUUCCAAAAAACACACUAACUACUGGUAUUUUACAAUGUUUUGUGUUUUGUUGGAUAAACUUUCAGCAUUUACUCAGAUUUUGGGGUCAGGCCGUUAACUUCUGCCACAAAGACCCUUUUCACACAGCCUUUGUAACCCAUUUUGACUGCUGGUUGCUGGUGUAUUUUUUGUGCCAUUUCAGACAACCAGUUUGGCUGCUGGUUGCUAACAAAUUUUUUAUCCCUUUUCAGAUAAAGCCGUAUGGCUCUUGAUUGCGAUGUGAAGUAGAUCCAUUUUUUAAAAACUAUUUCCCCCAUUCUCAGGUUUUCAGUGCGCUUCCCAUUCACUGCAGAGUAGUGUUUGAAAUGUCCUUUGCACGUCCAACAAUGCCACCUUUUUAUUUUCCUGCCCAAUUCCAGUGCAUUUUUUGAAUGUUUAUAGAUUAGCACUGUAGUGUUGAAACGACAGGUGUUGCAGAUUUUCUGAAUACUUAGCUUUCAUUUUUAAAAAAAUAGUAAUUCUGUAGCCUCUUCCUUUGCAAGAUGUGCUCUUUCCCUUAUAUCUCUGCAGUGGUAGGGGCUAGAGACUUACUUUCUUUUUAAAAAAUGAGAUAUAGAAAUUCAUAGAACCUGUUACACCUAUCAUUACAAUAUUAUACUGAUACUUUUUCUUUUUUAAAAAAAAUGCAAAAGCCUCAUGGUGGCCCAGAGAAGAUGGGUAGCCUAGCCACUUCCGAAAACAGAAAAAAUGCAGUGUUUGAAAUGGCCACAGUGGUUCACACACAGUUCAUAAACGGAUGUAAAUACUGUUUGAAACUGCCACCCCCCACCACAUCACUUUACUUGAAGUUGGGGCUGCAAUGGACAACAACUGGGUUAAAAAGGAAAUAUGAAAGGGCCCUAAAACCUUGAUCCCUUUUCUAAAAUUACAAAUCUGAUAGAGUACUGGGUUUAGGACUUUUUGGUUCAGGAUAUGCACAUCUAAAAUUUUAAUAUUUAUUUUAGUUUUUUUUAACUUUAUAGUACAUAUGUUUGAGAAUACAAACCCAGCAAGCAAACAAAAUGACCAAUGUAGCCUAUCGCCACAUUUUGCCCAGUGAAACUUGUCUGAUUAUCCAUCCAGUUCACAAUAUUGUAAAAUUCAUUGUUUUUAGAAUAUGCAAGUGACUUAUAUCUUAUCUGUAUAGUACGCAUUAUAAUUGAGGAUGACUUCUGAAAUUCUCUUCCCAUUACUGAGCAGAGCUCCUCUGUGUCUUUAUGAUGACACAAAAUAUAUCAAGUUACUGCCAAAAAUUACGCCAUAUGCCAGCCACCACAUCAGUGAAAGAUUCAGUUCACGUAUGUUCACAGCUUUUUUGAAGAUAUGGAAAGACUUGCCAUCGCAUUGUUGUAAUGCGAAAGGUGUGAGCUUCAGCAGACAGGUUUGUGUGGUCAAAAUAUCCAUGCACUGGUCUGGAGGGUAGGGCAACUGCCCAGAAAAUCAGCGGCUUUAAUGGUCUGGAAUAGUAGCACUCAAAAUCAGACUUGCAAACUUGGCCAAUUGCUAGAAGUUAUUUAAAUUCCUUCUUGGCACCCCUUUCAGAAUAUAUUAGGAUUAUUUAUGCAGAGAAAAUACCCGUGAUUCUUCCUCUUGCGGCUCUGUGCACCAGUGAGGUCCAGGAAGAGAAAAAGGAAGCAAGGUGCAAUGGGAGAAUCGUUUAUUGAAAAUUAUAGAUCCCAUUGUGUUUAGCUAGUAGCUUCUUUAGGGGAUCUAGCAACACAAAAUUAAAAUCUCUCUGGGGUUAAAUGGGAGUCUGGACCUCCUACCUCUAACCUAACUAUAAAUCACACUGAGCUCUGGCCAGUCUCUCCAUUUGAUCAAAGUGGGAGUUUGAAUAAGUUGCUGGUUAACAGGUAUGAUAUAUCAUCUUCACUGCUUUUUUAGAGAGUUUCUUAACUGUUAAACCUAUGGUUCUUUUUUUACUCUGUAUAUAAAUAUUUUAAUAAUUCAUAUUCAGUGCCUUGUUUCAAAAAUUGCUCUUAUACCUUGUAUUUAAUAACAAUUUCAGUUCCACAUUGAUUAAACUAUAUGGCUCCCUAUAUCAUGAUCAUGAUACUAUUUAGAGGGGUUCUAAUAACUAUGUAAUUUGGUUUUACAUUUUUUUUAAAAAUGUGAUUAUUUCUUUUAAUUUUGUUGACUAGGCUACUAGUGAAAUGUGUUGGGAUCCUGAUCAGUAAACAAUUCUUCCAUUGC